AUGUACAGCGUGCCGGGCGCCCAGGCCGCGGCGCAGCCUUCUUCGCAGUAUGAGCCUGUGGAACAGUACCAGCAGAACAGGGACUCGGCUAUACAGGUCCUGAGCACCGGCUUUGGCGUGGCACAACCCCAAUACUAUGAGAGCGGGCCCACGAGCGCACCUGCCUCUGCCAUCGCGGCGCAAAACGUUCCUUCCCAGUAUCCCUCAUUAGGCUAUUCCGCUCCCCAAGCUCAGGUCGGACGAGAAGCCCUUGCGCCCGCCUUCACUGCCGCUGGCAUGACAGACCCCCAUCAGGCGCCUUCCCAGGGCGGCUAUUCCCAGGGCAACUACAGCGAGCCCCAGGCCAAUAGCGGCAACGAGUACGACGACUUCUAUCGAAACUACCAGAACGAGCUGAAGAAGACGUUUGAGCAUGUCCGUGACGGCCGCCUCGCCGAAGCCGGCACACUGCUCCUCAGAAUGUCCGACUGGCUGUUGCACUGGGCCGAGACUUUGGGUAAGUUCCCCGGUGUGCGCAUUAUCGAACGAGGAACUGAAUUGACCGCAGCAGGCCUAGUACGCGACGACGAAACCUACUACCAACAGCGCCUGCAGCUGUGGGAAGAGUUCAACACCUGCUGGCUCUCCACGCUGCAGAAGCAGAAGACCAUGACGCAGGAGAUGACCACCACGGGCCAGCGACCGCAGCCUCCCAAAUCACUCAUCGAUUGGGAAUUCCUCGAGAAGAUGGGCACUCAACUUGUCAAGAACUGCGACAGCAUGGAGAAGCACGGCCUCGUUGACUACCAAAUGGGAGUAUGGGAAGAGGAAAUCGUAGCGAGUCAGUACCACAUUGCCUUCAUUGCCUGA